AUGUGUGGGCUGCUCCGUCUGAGGCUGCUCCGCCUUUGGGGUGAUGGGAUUAGUAAAAUCCCAGCGGACAUAGGGAGGCUGAAGUACUUGGAGACUUUGCAAGUGAUUGAAACAAAGAUCACAAGAUUACCUGCUGAGAUCGGUGACCUCAAGCAAUUGAAGACUCUGGAAGUGACUUGGAACCAAGAGCUCGCAGAGCUGCCUAGGGAGGUGGGGAAGUUGCAGCAUUUAGAGACUCUGCGCAUUCGUCAAUCAAGCAUCAGAGAGCAGGCCUGGGAGAUCAUCGGGACACUGAAGAAACUGAAGACUCUGGACGUGACUUGGAGUAAGCUCUCAGGGAUACCUAGUGACAUUGGGGAACUGCGGCAGUUGAAGAAUCUGGACGUGAGUUUCAACGAAAGGAUCACAGAUCUGCCCAAGGAGAUUGGGAAACUGCAGAAUUUGGAGACGCUGAACCUGGAAGCAACAGGGAUCACAAAACUGCCCCGUGAGAUUGGCAAUCUCCAGCGGUUGCAGACUCUGUAUUUGAGUCAUACAGGGAUCACAGAGCUACCCCGUGAGAUCGGGAAUCUCCAGUAUUUGCAAGCUCUUUAUUUGAAUGAUGUUAAAACAAUGACGAAGCUGCCUCGGGGUAUCUGGAGGCUGCAGCAUUUAGAGAGACUGCAUUUACAGGGAACGAAGGUAAGGAAGAUAACGAGGGAAAUCGGAGGACUGAAGAAACUGAAGGAUCUAGAUGCGAACAUCGGCACACUACCCUUUGAAGCUGGCCAGCUAUCAAAACUGGAGAGAUUGCCCAAGUGCGUCCACAAAGCAUGGAAGAAUAGUGACCUGGUGUCAUCGCUGGCCGGGGAGAUCCUGUCGUUUCAAAAAUCAUGUUAUUUGAUCGGUGAUGGUGGACUAGUCGUCGGCACCAAGCACAUGCACAUCCCGUGGUGGAUCAAAGAGCACUUCAACAAUAUUGGCACCUUGGAUAUCAGGAUCUGCAAACUAGAGGAGGAGCAGGAUCUCAAGAUUCUGCGGGAGAUGCCCUACCUUUGGGACCUCACGCUAAGGUUCGAAGUUGUCCCGAGAAAGACGAUAGUCAUUAGCAGUGGAGGAUUCGCAAAGCUCCAGAUCCUCACUGUUGACAGCCGAGUGCCACGGAUUACCUUCCAGGAAGGAGCUAUGCCGAGGCUGGAGUACCUUACGUUCGAGUUCCAGUUCUACGGUGGCCCACCAAAUACAGACCCCCCUAUGGGUAUCAAGCACCUCGUGCGCCUGGAAGAAGUCAGCUUCCAAUGCAACAAAUGGUAUCGAGGAGACAGCCCGUGCAUCAGCACCACGAUCGACGUCGUGACAAAAGAACUGGGGUGGCCAGCUAGUGCGGAGAGUUCUGAAGGUAGCAGUGAGGCUAGCAGCAGUGGGGCGAAUGAGAUCGAGAAGAUAGUGGUUUUGCGGAGGCCAGCUAGUGCGGAGAGUUCUGAAGGUAGCAAUGAGGCUAGCAGCAGUGGGGCUGCGGAGAGUUCUGAAUGUAACAAUGAGGCUAGCAGCAGUGGGGCUGCGGAGAGUUCUGAAGGUAUCAAUGAGGCUAGCAGCAGUGGGGCGAAUGAGAUCGAGGAGAUUCAAGCUUAA